AUGGACUUUUCACAAACAAGACUGUUGCUCCAGCAAUAUUACAACAUUAACAGUGAAUGCAUCCCACAGCAAAGGGAGAAAUCGAAAUGGAACCCCGAAAACAACUUUGGUUUCUUGCUGGGAGUAAUUGCUUUUGGAAUGGCUACUCACAGAACUCAACUCCACAGCUUACUGGUUUCUAGGCAAUUUAAAGACCAAGAAAACGCUUUUAUCGACUCAAUGUUUGACUAUUAUAUUCGGCCUUUUCACAAGAAUUACAUUACUGAUUCAGAAGUCUGCCACACUCCCUUCGCAGUUUCUUCAGGAACUCCAUCAAGAACUAAUUCUGCAGAAGAUUUAGGUGGUGUGCCAGAAGAAAGGGAGUUGCUCCACAAGGAUUUGAAAAAGGCUGUGGUCAAGAGGGAUGUUGUUUGCUUGUUUUGUUGGAACCGAAAAUCUCUUACAGGGUCUCAUAUUAUUGCUCAAAAUAAUGUCCCAAUGGCUUAUGACGAAGAUUCCCUAUUCAAACGAGCUGGAAUAACACAAAAACACCAAGUGCAAAAUGGGUUGCUGUUAUGCAGAAAUUGUCACAGUCAAUUUGAUUUGUUGAAGCAAUAUGUGGACGUUGCUGAUGAUAAGCUUGUGGUCAAGGUGAUCAACGAGACAAAUGAUGAAACUAGUGAUAAGCACAAAGAAUGGAAGGACACUGUUCGGGUAUUGAAGGGUAAUCGUAUGCUGUGGCAGGAGAACUGGACUGAUAUUGAUAACCGACAAUCAAUGGAAUCUAAUGGAGAAAUGGCGUUGUAUUUCGUCCAAAACAACCCAACCAAAUUACCAAACAGAAACGCUUUGGAAUUCCACAAGACAGCCUGUAUGAUUUGGCGAAUGGCUGUCGGUGCCGAAACAGAUGAUGAAUACUGUUCGGAUGAUGAUGAUUUGGUUCCAGUAGACACUGCUGCGUUGAAAAGACGGUUUAAAAUCCAAGAUUCAGACGAAACUCUAAAUAUCGUUUCUUGACUUUUAAUAAAUGUAAUGCUGUUUAU